UGUGCUUUACGCCAAUGGGAGCAGGCGGUGUUGGGUGGCUCGGGCCUAGUGCCGCCGCUCCGUCCAUCCAUCCGUUCCUAUGGGGCUGCUCACCGAGUUGGGCCGCGGCCUAGUGCGGGGCGCCGACCGCAUGGCGCCGUUCACCAGCAAACGGGGCCCUCGCUCCUACAACAAAGGCCGCGGAGCCAAGAAGAUGGGAGUGCUGACCCGCAACGGGAAGUUCAUCCUCAUCAAACAGAUGGUGCCGCAGUUCGUCGUACCGGACCUGGCGGGGUUCAAGCUGAAGCCGUACGUGUCGUACCGAGCUCCGGCCGGCACCGAACCGGCACUGACCGCCAGGAGGAUCUUUGAUGAGCUGGUGGCACCGAGGAUCGAGAGGGACGUGAAGGACGGGACGUACGACCACAAUGCGCUGCAUAAAUACGGCUACGAGCCCACACAGGAGGGGAAGCUCUUCCAGCUGUUCCCAAAGAACUACGUGCGAUGAUAGAGCCAACAACUACGUGCGAUGAUAGAGCCAACAAUUACGGGCGAUAGAGCCAGCAUUGCUCCGCUGGGCCGGGCUGUAUAAGGCUGGGAUGGACUCGUCCUGCAGCUGUAACUUGGGACUGUUCCUUUCACUGAGUUAUUAAAAGCGAGUGCUUCACUGUG